GUCAGGUAUUUCACCGGCGUUUGAUCAGACCCACCGGACACACAGUCGAAACACCUCUGCAUAGGACAGCUGCUGAACACAGUGGCUGGGUCAAGUUUCUCAGUUGUAAACGCCGGGUGUCUAAAUGGCAUAAAGAAACGACGGCAGUAGGGAGCCAUGGCUGUUUUAAAUCUGCCUCAAACCCACGAAGAGGACUGUCAAGCCUCGCCAUGGCGGAAACAGAACAACAGUCAGGAGCCACUCCUGAGGAUGAAAUACCUGAGGUCACCUACAUGGUGCCUAAGAAGGAAAUCAGCAUGGUGCCUGACAUGGGCAAGUGGAAACGAUCUCAGGCAUACGCUGAUUACAUGGGCUUCAUUCUGACUCUGAAUGAAGGUGUGAAAGGAAAAAAGCUGACAUGUGAAUAUAAAGUGUCUGAGACAGUGGAGAAGUUACUAGAUCUUUUGGGGACUCUGGACCGAUGGAUAAAUGAGACUCCUCCUGUUGAUCAGCCAUCGCGCUUUGGUAAUAAGGCCUACAGAACCUGGUACGUCAAACUAGACCAGGAAGCAGAGGCCUUGGUGUCAGCAGUGAUUCCUCCUGACAAAAGGGCAGCAGCUCCAGAGAUAGCUGUCUAUCUGAAAGAGUCUGUGGGAAACCCCACCAGGAUAGACUAUGGAACAGGCCAUGAAGCUGCUUUUGCUGCAUUCCUCUGCUGCCUCUGUAAGGUUGGAGCUCUCAGGGUGGAUGACCAGCUGGCUAUUGUAUUUAAGGUUUUUAAUAGGUAUCUCUCAGUGAUGAGGAAGCUGCAGAGGACCUACAGAAUGGAGCCAGCUGGAAGCCAAGGGGUGUGGGGACUGGAUGACUUCCAGUUUCUGCCCUUCAUAUGGGGCAGCUCCCAAUUUAUAGAUCACCCAACACUAGAGCCUCGCCACUUCAUUGAUGAGAGGGUGGUGAACGAGCAUCACCAAGACUAUAUGUUUCUGGAUUGCAUCAAGUUUAUAAAUGAGAUGAAGACGGGUCCAUUUGCUGAACACUCCAACCAGCUGUGGAACAUCAGCGCUGUUCCUUCCUGGUUCAAAGUCAAUCAAGGCCUGAUCAGAAUGUACAAGGCAGAGUGUUUGGAGAAGUUCCCUGUGAUCCAGCACUUCAAAUUUGGUAGCCUGCUGUCCAUCCAGCCAGUGAACCCAUGACUCUGACGGAGGAAUGCCAUACACACAAUGGAAAGACCAAAAUCCCAACAGUUGGAACCAACAUUUUUCCCCUUUCUUUGGCAUCCUCACGUACAAAUACAACAGUAGCAAGAAUCAACCACAUGUAGUCUGACACGCUUUACCACAUGUGCACGCAUGUGGUCAUGAACGCUUAUAAGUCAUCCACAACAAAAUGCAGAUCAUGUUGUGGUUGUGAUUUUGGAGCAUCCUCUUUCUUUUUUUUUUUUUUUUUUAGAAGUGUGCUCAUUAAUGCUUAUGCUUGAAUUUACCUCAGAGUUUGGAUCCUCAUGAGCAGUAGGCUUAUUCACAGAGUGACAUGAUACAAAUAAGACUGUGUGACUUCUCGAAAAUCUUUUGUGAUAGUUUCUUGUUUAGUUUCUUGGUUUUGCUUUUAAGGCCAAAUGUUUUAAUUUAGUUGCAGAUGUACCUAUAUUUUAAUUGCCCACUUCAUUUUUAUCACUUCAGCUGUGGUAAAAAUUGUAAAUUGGCAAACCAAACUUGAAUAAAUUCUUGUGGUUGUGCUGUGCAGCUUUUUUUCCUCGAAGUUCUCAACCCAAGUGGAAUAUUGUAGGUUUUUUUUACUCCAAAUUUGACUCCAGUUUAAAAUGACUGUGCGCUGUUAAAUCCUGGGUGUGGCAUUGCCACAUUUUUAAGACUCCCUCACAUGUUUCUUAAUUUAAUAAAAGAGAAGUUAUUUUGUGUUAUUAGAUUGACCUGCCAUACCUGAUUUAAUAAAUUCAUGUUUUCUCAUCCUUUAUUUUAUGUCCCAACCAUGUACUUGGAUUUUAUUCUCAAUUCUAUGUUGCAUUAAAGCCACCAUGCAUAAUA